AUGGAUACGGAUGCACAGCAUGCACAGGAGAACGAGUACGGAAGUUCCCCGUGGGUCGACAUGGGAGGCUUCGAACCUCCUCCGCUCCACAGUCCCCCAAUGCCGGACUUCAACACUUUCAGUUAUGGACCUGCGCCAGUCAUGCCGAUGGAGCCCGCAUACAGCAUGUCGAUUCCUCCGCCUUACACGGCGCUGCAUUUAUCAAUGCCAUCCUAUCCCUGGCCCAGCAUGUUGACGACUCAGUCCAAUUUCUCGGACAGCACCUUGUCCCCUGCGCCAGCACCGACCCUCUCCAUCCCACGGCCAGCACCGAUACGCCCUCUUCGCACUGGGUCAGCAUCGUCUGGACCUACUCCCCGCAGGACUUUGACUGACGAGGACCGUCGACGAAUGUGUCUCUAUCAUGAAGAGAAUAAGACUGCGAAACAAACCGAUAUUGGAGCGCUGUUCGGUGUGGAACGAAGCACUGUUUCCAAGGUUCUUCGCCAGAAAGAGAAAUAUCUGAAUAUGGACGAUGGGAGUCGAUCUCCCAUCAAGAGAAGCAAAGGAAGGGUCCCAGAUAUCGAAAAGGCUCUGGCAAAUUGGGCCAGGAAUUACCAGCGUCAGGGCUACACUCUGACGGAUGCUAUGAUCAGGGAGAAAGCACAUUUCUUUGCGACCACUUGCGGCAGUCCUGAUGGCAAGGAGAAGGUUCUCAGCGCGAGCUGGCUCGAGAAAUUCAAACAGAAGUACAACCUGAUGGGAUACAAGUCCAGGAAGAAUUCAGUCGAUACCACCGCCAGCGAGACAGAAAGCCCCGUACAAAUUAAAACCAGUUCAAGCACACAGACAUCAAACGGGGUGUCCCCCAUCUCCCCCAGCGGAUUGACCACACCGUCCCCCUUGUCCCCAUCACAGAACCAAGAGGGUAUGAAAAAAGAGCCGUCAGACGGGCACGGGGAUCUGACCAAAGACUACCAACACACGCACUCUCAGAGCACUACCUCCCUUGAGACGGCGCCGUCUCUUUCGGCCAGUGUGGCAAGCCCAACAUCGCCAUUGGUCUCAGAGAGUCCCUAUACCCCUUCAGGUCGCUCCCGUCUCCCUUCGAUCAGUUCCAGUGCAAGCCGACCCCGCAGCCAAACCUUCCCUAGUUCAGCCCCUGGUGAUGGGACUGCAGACCAAUCCACACCUAGAAAUAUCCUCGAACAAUCGUUGUCGACUUCAGUGUUCGACUCCCCGAUAGAAGAGGGGCCAGAGGCCGCACCAUCCUCUGAUGACGCCAACGUCAUCAAGCGGAAUCGAAGCAACCCGGAGAUCAAGACCACGUCAAUGCAGCCGCCUCCCUUACCGAAAUCAAGUACCGUCUCUCCAACUACCAGCCCCGUAUCGCCAACCCAAGACGAGGCACGUCGUGCUCUGGAACUCGUCUGGAAUUAUUUCCAGAACCAGCCCUCCGGACUCGCCCCGCAAGAGUGCAUGACGAUCGGGAAAUUGAUGGAAAAGCUCGACAUUGCACGGAGUCAAGCGAACGUGGUACCUUCACGGCUUCAGCGAAUCGAGGAGCAUGCAGACAGUCCUCGGGUGAAUAAAAAACGAAGCAUUCACUCACUAACCUGA